CGCACAGUCUUAAGCGCCAGAGAGACUCCAACACCGCGGCAAUUGCAGGACCCAGCAAGCAGCAGAAACAGCAGAAUAAGCUCAGGAGGAACGAUGACGUGCACCAUCGCAACGAUGGUGCUGGCCGUCCUGGUCGCCAUGAGCGCUGAGUGUACGGGGGAGACGGUGGAGAUGAUGGGCAGCAGCGGCGCCCUCUCGUCUCUCCAUUCGGUGCCCAACGACACUGCCAUCACGUCCACGUUCAUCAUUCACGCCCGCGCAGGGGAGGCCGUGAAGAUCAAGUUCACAUGGUUGAGCUUGCUGGAUGACUUGAUGUGUGCCAAAGAGAGCCUGGAGAUCUGGGAUGGAGAAGUUGACCAACAACGAAAUUCCCUGGCUUUGCUGUGUGGAACUGGCCCGGAGUCCGUGCCUCCACGCAGCAUCAAGUCGAGUGGAGAGAACAUCACGCUGGUGCUAAAGUCCAAUGGGCCGAUGGAAGGAAGGGGCUUCAGCCUGCUCUACAAAUCGGUCACCCCAACGUGGCCGACAGGAUUCUGUGGUAUCGCGACCAUUAACGCGGCAAACCCUUGGCUGGCCUACAUCAACUCCGACGUGACUAACUGCUUUGCCACGCUGAUCAACAGCUGGUGGCUCCUGACGGCGGCUCACUGCUUCUCCCGUCCAAUGGAUAACACGACGCAGCGGUCCAUCCAAUUCUUGCAAUCGCGCGAGUCGAGGGACAUCUUCAGGAUUGUGUUCCACCCUAAGUCUCAGGAGGGCUCCUUGGACUACGACAUCGUGCUGGUGCAGAUGAAUCAGCCGGUGUCCUUCAGCGAACACUUGAUGCCGGUCUGCCUGCCCGAGGCCAUCCAGCACCUGCCGCUGGCGGGGAAGAUGUGCUUCAUCGACGACGAACCCACCUUCGACAUAACGUACUUAAAGAUGUUCGUCCGCAUCGUGAACCAGACGAGCUGUGCAUCCGCAUUCUACGGCGAGGCUCUGACCAGCCGCAUGAUGUGCGGCUUGCCCAGCUACGAGUACUACUUCAAUGGCUGCAUGCACACCUAUCUGCAGGCGCCGCCUCUGAUGUGCUUGGGAGAGGAUGGCUACUUUUACCUGACGGGGCUCGCAAGCUGGAAUUCGCAUUGUGAGACCCUGCCCACGGUGGGAGUCUUCUCCAGACUGGACAAGUUCCUUCCCUUUAUUGAAGAAACGAUCUACUUGAGCCAAACCUUGCUCGCGGAUGUCUCCUCUGUGUACUGCUGCGUUGAUACUUCUCUCGCAUCUCUGUCCAUGAGUGCAAUAUUUGCAAUUUGUAUGCUUAUAAAUCUAAGAUAGUGAAUGUGAUGCAUGCGUAGUUUCUUUGGAGCCAAUUUAAUCAAGUUACCAUGUGGCUAAAUAUACCAAUGAAUUCAGUUUUUCAGCAAACUGGAAUGGUUGACAAUUUUAUACAUCUGUAGUGGUGGUUAUUCACGCAGAAAACUUCUUCUUUUUCUCCUAUGUCACUUUAUUCGAAGCCUUUCACACGGAUGCUCCUCACAUUCCACCACACGUAUUCUUCUCGUGAACUCUCCCUCUCUUGCUCCGUUAGCCUGCUACUCCACACUCUGUUAGCCUGUCAUGGAUGCUGUCUCUCUGGCUUCGCUAGUCUGUCCUCCGCCAGCCUCUUACUGUACACUCUGCUGGCUUCUCACUCCACUAACAUUUUACUGAAUCUCCUGCUAGCCUAUUCUCCGCUAGCCUAACACACUCACUCUAAGGAUUCCGCUAGCCUCUCACCCCGCUAGCCUCUUAUGACACCUACACCUCCAACCUCGCCCGUGCCCCCAGCAGGGGUUCAGCCAACACCGCUGUGGAGGACGAGGUGUGGAGGGUGAGGUCCCGGAUUUCUCUUGUGUCGACUCUUCACUUCUUCAUCUCCAAACAACUCCCCCCAUUGCGUCACACAUUCCCUUAUAUCCCCCUCAUCAUUCAGUGCCCUCAGGUGGUCCUCGCUAAGCCGGCAUCCUCCCGGCGUCAGUUGCACAUGCUCCCCCCCUUAUCGCCUCUAUCUCUCGCUUCCAUGGCGCCUACCCCAUGUUUGCAUUUGCAGCCAGCCAAUCACUGCCUCUUUCCUUAAUUGCUGGCGUCUCUCUCUCUGCGGUCUUCCAGGCCCCACGCUCGCACCCGCCCGUCCUGACCUAACCUCACUGUUUGCAGCCCCGUACAUGAAUGCAGCUGGUGUUUGCAAACCCUGUGCGCAUUACGCCAUCCAUAAUAAAACAUUUGUUGGGUUACAUCA